GCUUCUCCUUCUGAUCAUCUUGAUAUGCUCGGGAGGUGGGUGGUGGUUCCGAUGGCGACAUGGAGCGGUGAGCAGCGCGAGUGCUCCCACUCCCGUCCACUCGCGGAGGCACCCACGUCCAAGUCGUCCUCACGGCCCUAGAGCGCCCAGAGUAUACCCACAUUCGCACUAUUAUACCAGUGGCUCUGGUUAUGAUACUUAUUCCCUACCUCCAGGUUAUGAUAAAGAUCCGCCCUCAUACAAUGAAGUUAUCACGCACCUCAGCCAGUUUCCUCCUGCGUCUGUGUCACGACAGGAAGACAGCGAAGUCAGCAGCAGUGGCGCUGCUGCCUCCACCUCAUCCACCGUUCCAAAGCACUGUGAUGACCCACUUCUCUCUCUGCCUCCACCGAGUUACGAGAUGGUUUUGGAUUUGAAAAGGAGGGAAAUUCAGUUGGAAACAGAGAUAGCAGAGGAAGAACGGCGCGAACGCGUACGAACUACGAGAGGAAGGAUACAGAAUAUUUUUGGACGCACCAAGAGAAAGAAGCAACGACAUGAAGAACCUCCACCGUCAGCUGCCUCCUUCCCUGCGUCUUCACCCUCGUCAUUGUCAUCUGGCCUCUUCACCAUCAGCAGCGAGAGUCUACCUUCGGCUGACUAUUAUGCUCAGGCUUCAACAUCUAAUGGGCAGAGUCACCACCCAGUGCCUUCAAGACAUGUAACCUCACCCUCAGAUUCUGAGUCUUCACACUCAGACUACUCGUCCAAUUUCCUGCCAACACCGACUUCUAGCAGGUCAUCCUCUGUUUCCUCAGCGGAUUCUACUGCGAACUGUAACUCGGCAGCGCCUCCACAGCUGGAUAUCACAUCUGCUGAAGGCGGGAAUGCAGAGGAAUUGCUUUCUGUAAGCCGAGGAUUAGCUUCAAGGCCCUGCACAGGUCGAUCUGUGUUGUCGCGACCAACAACCUCUAUCAGCACAAGGUCUCUGCCUCCUCCGCCACAGCUGCAGAGGAAAACCAGCCUACCUGGGGCGCUGUUGGAGUCCGAAGAUGAGGAGAAAGAGGAUUAGUAAUGCUGUUGUCAUUGUUGAUGGAUAACGGCGAAAAAAACAGAUUGCUAGCACUUUGGUGCUGAGUCAAUGGUAGUUACUGCAAUGGCAAUGAGUAGUGUGGUGUUUGGUAGUUAUAUAAGCUUGCAUGUUGGUAGGUCUCAUAUGUAUGUAUUUUAUAUUUAUUAUCAUUAUUAUUAUUAUUAUUAUUAUUAUUAUUAUUAUUAUUAUUGUUGUUGUUGUUGUUGUUGUUGUUGUUAUUAUUAUUAAUAUAUUUUUUUCCAAACACCACAUCCUGAUUUCGGUGAUUAAAUAUCAUGGAUAUGACUAUGACUAUUGUCAUACUGAUGACGUGCAAUGAAAUAACUACACUAACCUUAUUUAUCGUGUCGCACUUCUGCAGUUGCAAAUUAAUUUUGCAUUAUUAAUUGCGCUGAAUCGAGUGCAUUGAAUGUUUAUGUUUCUAAUAUGUUUGUAUUGUCUCAUAUAAGUGUCACACUUGCAACACAGUAGAGCAGAAUAAAUGAUAAUCAAAAAGUUGUUUGAAUGUGGAAAAGUUGUGGCCUAGAUUUUUUUCUCAAAGAUUUGCUAUAUUAUUAGCCACUGUACAAAUUACUGUAUAUAUCAUUUAAAGCUAUUUAUGGUAUGCAAAAAAUAAGAAUGUUUGGUACAUCUGUUUAGAGCUUACCUGUCUUAGUUUCUGCUGUCUGUGAUUUUCAUUUCUGCACUUCACUGUCAUGCAACAAAAAGUCAGGUCGGCAUUGAUGUAGAAACUCUCCGAACACUCAAUCCUCCUGCUCUGUACCUCCACAGCAAAAAAAAAAAAAAAAAAAAAAAAAAAAAAAAAAAAAAAAAAAAAAAAAA